UCCGCCUGGGGGACCCCCAUCCCUGCCUGUCACCCAACUGCGCGUUCCCCCCGCCCCCCCCACUCCCGCGGCCGAGCCACUACUGCUGCUGCAGACUCCGCUAGUCAGAGAGUCUUGAGCGGUCAUCCGACCCCCUCCACAGCUUCUUUGCCUCUCUGAUUUCGAGGGCCCCCUCCCCCACCUCUCCCUGCCUCUCUGCACCCCUAUUUUUCUGAGCUUCGCUCCGGUUUUUCAGCCGUCUAUUUUUGCACCCCCUUUCAUUUUGCUUCUAGGUUUGGGCGGGGGUAAAGCUGUAUUGGACCCUUUUCCCCUUUUUAUCUUCCCGUGCCCUGACAACCCCCUUUUUCAUCGCAGUCGGGGGGCCUAGGAUCCGUGCAUUCGCCGCUCUGCUGACACCCCGCAGCGCGUGGCGGUGCACCCCGGAAUUUGCGGCGGCUGCAUAUCUGAGGGGGGUCUUCCUCGCCCCUGCUGCCUUUGCUCCCCGCGCAUUCCGGUGCGUGGAGGGGGGGCUUCAGCGCGCCGCACCCCAGCUUCUCCGCAGCCCCCCGCCCUGCGCGGGACUAAUCUCCCGCUGCCAAGAUGGUCAUCCAGAAAGAGAAGAAGAGCUGCGGGCAGGUGGUUGAGGAGUGGAAGGAGUUCGUGUGGAACCCGAGGACGCACCAGUUCAUGGGCCGCACCGGGACCAGCUGGGCCUUUAUCCUGCUCUUCUACCUCGUCUUCUAUGGCUUUCUCACAGCCAUGUUCACCCUCACCAUGUGGGUGAUGCUACAGACGGUCUCUGACCAUACCCCCAAGUACCAGGACCGCCUGGCCACACCUGGUUUGAUGAUUCGCCCCAAAACUGAGAACCUUGAUGUCGUUGUCAACGUCAGUGACACUGAAAGCUGGGACCAGCAUGUUCAGAAGCUCAACAAGUUCUUGGAGCCUUACAAUGACUCCAUCCAAGCCCAAAAGAAUGAUGUCUGCCGCGCUGGGCGCUAUUACGAACAGCCAGAUAAUGGAGUCCUCAACUACCCCAAGCGUGCCUGCCGGUUUAACCGCACCCAGCUGGGCGAUUGCUCUGGCAUCGGGGACCCCACCCACUAUGGUUACAGCACUGGGCAGCCCUGUGUCUUCAUCAAGAUGAACCGGGUCAUCAACUUCUAUGCAGGUGCAAACCAGAGCAUGAAUGUUACCUGUGCGGGGAAGAGAGAUGAAGAUGCUGAGAAUCUCGGCAGCUUUGUUAUGUUCCCUGCCAAUGGCAACAUUGACCUCAUGUACUUCCCCUACUACGGCAAAAAGUUCCACGUGAACUACACACAGCCCCUGGUGGCCGUGAAGUUCCUGAAUGUGACCCCCAAUGUAGAGGUGAAUGUGGAAUGUCGUAUCAACGCCGCCAAUAUUGCCACAGAUGAUGAGCGAGACAAGUUCGCCGGGCGCGUGGCCUUCAAACUCCGCAUCAAUAAAACCUGAGGUCCCUUUCUCCAGUCCCCAAGCUUUCCUAUGGAUGCUUCUGGAAUGUCCCUGACCCUGCCUGAUCCCUCCCUCACCCACCCCAAAGGUAUUUUUUAUAACAGAGCUAUGACUUGUCUCAGCCUCACGCCAUUUUCCUUUACUUCUGAACCCAGCCUAAUGUCCAUUAUGAUUCCUUGGCUACACACACUUUCCACCAUCUUGUCCCCACCCAGGAUCCAGUCCUUGGGAAAUGUGAUCCCAAGAUGGUCACAGAGGAGUUAGGAGCCUUUCUAGUUGCAGUUCUCAUUUAGUUGUGAGUGAGGUGUCCCCAGAGCCAUCCAUCUCUCCUGCCACUUGGGCCCCUGAGAACCACAGGAUAUCCCACUCAGCUGACAUCGCACUCACUCCCUCACACCCACCUCCCUUCAGACUCACCCAGCUGCCCACCAACCCUCGUUCACACACACACACACACACACACACACCCCAUUCUUCCACAUUGUUCCUGAGCUCGCCUCUUCCCUCUUCCCUGUCUUCCACACUUUCUCCCUGACUACACCUUCCUGUCCUGGUGACUUUUGGCUUAUCUGGCUCCUCUGGCAGGUCUUUCUCCACCUCUCUUCAUUCCCAUUCCCUCCUCUGAACGGCAGUGCAACCCUCUGUAAUUGAGGACAGGGUAGCUUGGUGGCCUUUCCCUAUUCCCUGGCCCUUUCUGCUUCUUCCCCUGCGGUGACUGCUUGAGCUGGGAGUGAGGGCCCCUGAGGAAGAGAAGUUCACCUUGGUUCUUUGUGAAAUUUCUUUUCCCGUUCAGGUCCCUCCUACCAUCCAAGUAAAUGCUCUUCAGAGGGGCGGGGUUGACCUAGGCUGAAUAUCCACUUUGUUUUUUUUUUCCGAUGGCUCCUUUCCCUGGGCUCGCUUUCCCAGAAUAUCCUUCAAGAUCCACUUCCCAGGGAGCCUGGGGGAGGGACAGCCCUUUUGGCUGGAUCCCCAGAGGCCACCUUGGACACAUCAGCUGGCUAUGGGACUGUUCCACCUCCUCCCCGGGGGCUGUCUCCCCACACCCGUCCCCUCUCUGACUGCUCUUAGCAAGCUAUCAACUAAUCACUAACUCCUCCCUCCUCUGCAUGCCCCUCCUGCACAUUGCAAAUACCACCCCCACCCCAAUCUAGUCUGAAUUUCUUGGCUCCUCUCCUUCACACCCCUUUGCCUUUUUAAGCAACCCCAUAGUGCCCAUGGAAUGUUAAAUGAGGGACCUCCUGUGUUCUGGAGUUACAGAGACAUUUUAACUCUUUCUAUUACAGUGUCUCUUCACUUGCCACCCCCUCUAACCUUGCGUUUCUGUUCUGAUGCUGCAGCCCCCAUGGCAGCUCACAGGGGGACCCUUCCCUUUUUCUCUUGCUGGAGCUGUCUCUUCCCUUGGGGUCCCCAGGUUUUCCUGCACUCUCCUCACCCUAGAGGUCUUUCUCUGCAGUUAUUUAAUGCCUGUGUCAGAUCUACUGUAAAAAGAGGAUAAAGUACAAUAAAAUGAGAGCAAUUAUAUAUAUAAAUAUAUAUCA